AUGCGUCCUGAUGAUUCCAUUUAUCUCCCUUAUGUGAAUUGGAAAUUUCGUACAAGUGUGCACGAUGUUAGGGCUCAUCGAGGAGCAGCCGGAUUUAUUGGAACAGAUCAUCAUCUCCUCCGAGCAAAGCAAGAAAACAAUGAUGAAAAGCGAAAGGAGUGGCUAACGGAUGAAAUUCUUGGCAUGGUAAAGAAAAAAUCAGAAGCCUAUCUCCACUGGCAAAACCGUCUUGGAAAACAUAAUGAACAAAAGUAUAGGUCGAAAUAUCGGGCACUCGCGAAACUGGUGAAAAGAAAAAUCGAAGCUCGACAAUUCGAGUAUUGGGACGAAAUUAGUUGUGAAAUUGAAAAUGCUAUAAAACAACAUGAUCCAGCGACAGCUUAUGCUAUGAUAAGGCGAUUACGAGGAAGAAACAAAAACAUGGAUAACACUUCCAUUCAAGAUAAAAAUGGUAAGAUGUUAUUGAACUCCAAGGACAGGUUAAGUCGAUGGCGGGAAUAUUUCUGUGAGUUAUUGAAUGUACAUACAGUUAUUGAUCCAACGAUUUUGCAACAGAUUCCUAUUCCAGCUAUUGAUAAAGCUGAGGAGACAAGACAGGACACACCACCGUCCUUGCCUGAAGUUGUGCAAGCAAUCAAACAGAUGAAAAGUCGAAAAGCAUCGGGUAAGGAUGAUGUUACGGCUGAAUUAUUGAAAGCUGAUGGUAUGGAAAUAGCUCUGUGGCUACAUCAAAUCAUAGUUGAUGUUUGGAUAAACGAGGAAAUGGUAGAAGACUGGACGAUGGCUAUACUGAUUCGAUUGUACAAAAAUAAAGGGGAUAAACAUAUUUGUGACAACUAUCGCGGUAUCUCUUUAUUAAUUGUCGUGAGUAAAAUAUUCUCUCGAAUUAUUCUCAACCGAAUACAAGGACUGCUCGACAAAAAGUUGCUAGAUCAACAAGCAGGUUUUCGACCAAACAGAUCAAUAGUCGAUCAAAUUUUCACCUUAAAAAUGAUCAUGGAAAAAUCACAGGAAUACAAUAAAUCAUUGUUUAUAUGCUUCAUCGACAUCCAAAAAGCUUAUGAUUCGGUUAAUCGAGAGCUGUUGUGGAAGGUGUGUAGACAUUAUGGUUUGUCGGAGAAACUCGUUCGAAUGCUAAAGCUUCUUUAUACUAACUCGAAAGCACAAGUGCCAAUCGACCGUGAUUUUUCGGAAACAUUCGAUAUUGAAACCGGUGUCCAACAAGGUGGAAUUCCAUCUCCCAUCCUGUUCAAUCUCUUGUUUGACUUUAUCAUGCGUAAGAUAUUGGUUGAAGUAGAUGUAUCUGGGGUGAAACUGGCAUGUGGAAAUGGUGAUUUUUAUCAUUCUACGCGCGAGGCACAUGAAGAUAUUGAAAUACUCGAUUUGAUAUACGCGGAUGACGUGGUGGCAAUGUGCACAACAGCGGCUGAUCUCGAAAAGUUUAUUGGAACAUUCGAGAAAGUAACUCAAGAAUGUGGAUUGACAAUGAGUGUCAAAAAGACGUGCAUAAUGUCUUUGAAGCAGCUUAAAGAAGACGCGUCCAGAAAAGUAAUCAAAGAUCAGAAAGUGGACAAUGUAAAAAUUGAUAUUACGAUCAGGAAUCAAACCGUUGAUAUAGUCGAGUACUUUGCAUAUCUGGGGUGUUUCGCGACGAGAGAUCACUCACAAGAAAAGGAAAUUGAAACGAGAAUAACAAAAGCAUCUGGGGCGUUCAAUAUGCUUCGAAUGCAGAUUUGGUAUCGUAAAACUGUAUCAUGUGAAGCGAAAAUGCGUAUAUUUCGUGCUUGA